CAAGUUAUCUUCUGAUUUCUCAACCUCUGUGGAGUAGAAGUUGACUCGUGUUUUGUUGUCGAUGGUAGGACAUCGUUUUUCCGCGGAGCUAUAACAGUGUUCAGCAAGACGGUAUUAUGGGGGACGUGAACUUCUCACAGAACCGCCCUCGCGCCGUGGUUUUUGACCUUGGCGACGUCCUCUUCUCCUGGUCCGCCAAGACCACAACAACCAUUCCAGCGCGAAAGUUGAGAGAAAUUCUCUCGACACCAAUCUGGUAUAGUUAUGAUCGUGGUGAGAUAACUCGGGAUGCCUGUUACGAGCUCAGCGCUCAGAAAUUUUCGCUCUCGGCGGUUGAGAUUGCCGAGGCGUUUUCCCAGGCACGCGAGUCUCUCCAGCCUGAUGCUGCUAUCGUAUCGUUUCUUCAGGAGUUGAAAAAGGACCCUACAGUCAAAGUGUACGCCAUGUCAAAUAUUGGAAAAGAGGACUUUGAGGAACUCACAACUAAAAUCGAAUGGACGCUUUUUGACCGAGUGUUCACCUCAGCAGCCGCAGGCAAGCGGAAACCAGAGCUAGGGUUCUACCGCGAUGUCCUGGACCAUAUUGGUCUAACUGGCAGCCAGGUUCUCUUCAUUGAUGAUAAGGGGGAGAAUGUACAUGCAGCGCAAUCUUUGGGCAUUCGAGCAUUCGUCUUCGGGGAGUCGACGAUUCACCGGCUGCACAGAAUUUUUGAUAGUGCAGUCGGCAAGGGCUGGGGAUACCUGUUCCAAAAUGCGAAGCACUGCGACUCCGUCACAGACAGCGGAGUCUCGUUCAAGGAUAAUUUUGCGAAAUUGUUGAUUGCGGACUCAUUGCAGGACCAAACCCUCGUCGAUCUCAGUUGGGGAUCUAGGGAGACCUGGAAUUUCUUCGCCGACAAAAGCGCACUCAUCCCAGGAGGUUAUUUCCCAGACGAUUUGGAUACCACAUCUCUCGCCCUCACAGCUCUUCGGCCGUCAUCAGCCAAAAUGAUCUCGUCUGUUCUUGACACGAUGGCUAAAUAUGCCAAUGACGAUGGCAACUUCCAGGUAAGCCAUCCGUCCGUCAGCAUAGCCAGGGCGAUAGGAACGAGACCUCCUUCGCUAAUCGGCGCAACAGGCGUAUUUCGACUGGAAUAAAAGACGAACCGACCCCAUCGUCAACGCGAACAUCCUCGCCUGCUUUUACUCGUAUAAUCGCGGCCGCGAGUUCGAGCGCACCCUCCAACUCGUGCGUUCGACGCUACUAGACCGUUCCUAUCUAGGGGGGACCCGGUACUAUU